GUUAUACUAGUACUGUGCCUGCUUGCUCUGCUGUAACGUGACGCUGCUGCUCGACUUGCACUUCCGAAAUCUUUAAGAGACGCGCAUCGAUCUGACCUUGUCCUCUCUUUCUCUUUCGCUCGGCUAAAAUGCCGCCCAAGCAGAAGAAUGAGCUUUACAAGGAGAGUGCUCGCAAGAAGGACGUGCGGACAUCGAACAUAGAGGCAGCUAAGGCGGUAGCAGAUGCCGUGCGGACAAGUCUGGGGCCACGCGGAAUGGACAAGAUGGUGGCUGCUGCCAACGGCGAGGUGAUCAUCACCAACGACGGUGCCACCAUUCUCCAGAAGAUGACCGUCACGCAGCCGGCCGCCAAAAUGCUCGUGGAGCUUUCCAAGUCGCAGGACGUGGUGGCUGGCGACGGCACCACCUCUGUGGUGGUCAUCUGCGGCGCCCUCCUGAAGAAGUGCCAGGAGCUGCUGGAGAAGGGCGUGCACCCCACCAUCAUCAGCGACGCAUUCUUCAAGGCCUCGCACAAGGCCUGCGAGAUCCUGGAGUCCAUCGCUAUCCCCGUCAACCUGGAGGACCGCGAGGCGCUGCUGCGCGCCGCCACCACCUCGCUGUCCUCCAAGGUGGUGUCUCAGUACAGCUCUCUGCUGUCGCCCAUGGCCGUGGACGCCGUGCUCAAGGUCAUGGACCCCGCCCGGCCCAACCUGCUGGACCUGCGGGACAUUAAGGUGGUGUCCAAGGUGGGCGGCACCAUUGACGACUCGGAGAUGGUGGACGGCAUGGUGUUUGAUCAGAAGGCCGCCAAGUCGGCGGGCGGCCCCACGCGCAUGGAAGACGCCAAGAUCGCGCUGAUCCAGUUCCAGAUCAGCCCGCCCAAGACCGACAUCGAGAACAACGUCAUCGUGUCAGACUACAACCAGAUGGACCGCGUGUACAAGGAGGAGCGCAACUACAUCCUGUCUGUGGUCAAGAAGGUCAAGGCCAGCGGCUGCAACGUGUUGCUCAUCCAGAAGUCCAUCCUGCGCGACGCCGUCACCGACCUGGCGCUGCACUACCUGGCCAAGGCCAAGAUCAUGGUGGUUCGCGACAUUGAGCGCGACGAGAUCGAGCUGAUCAGCAAGACGCUGGGCUGCCUUCCCAUCGCGCACGUGGACAACAUGAAGCCGGAGAAGCUGGGCAGCGCGGCACUGGUGGAGGAGGUGGAGGUGGGCAAGGGCCGCGUGGUGAAGAUCACGGGCAUCGCCAACAAGGGCCGCACCGCCACAGUGCUGCUGCGCGGCUCCAACAAGCUGGUGCUGGAGGAGGCGGACCGCUCGCUGCACGACGCCCUGUGCGUCAUCCGCUGCCUGGUGAACAAGCGCUUCCUCAUCGCGGGCGGCUCCUCGCCCGAGGUGCAGGUGUCGAUGCAGCUGGGGCACUGGAGCAAGACGCUGCAGGGCAUGGAGAGCGUGUGCGUGCGCGCCUUCGCUGAGGCUCUGGAGGUGGUGCCCUACACGCUGGCGGAGAACGCGGGGCUCAACCCCAUCAACAUCGUCACCGAGUUGCGCCGCAUGCACGCCUCGGGCGAGAAGUACAGCGGCAUCAACGUCAAGAAGGGCACCAUCACCAACAUGCUGGAGGAGAACGUGGUGCAGCCGCUGCUGGUCACCACCAGCGCGCUCACGCUGGCCACCGAGUGCGUGCGCAUGAUCCUCAAGAUCGACGACAUUGUGCCCGUGCGGUAAUGGGGUCAGGGGAUGAGGUGGCGAUGAGGUGGUGGUGGUGAUGAGGCGGUGGAGGGCGUUGUGUGGUGUAGGGUGGUGGUGUGUUGUAGGAUUUAAGGCGUGUGUGAAGGGCUCGUGCAGUUCUGUGAGGGUGGUGAUGAGGCGGUGGAGCUGUGGUGGAGCUGUGGAGGGCGUUUUGUGGUGUGGGGUUGAGGCGUGUGCGGGAGGCGGCGGCAAGGGGCUUGUGAUGGAGAUUGUGAAAAUGGAUGAUGGGCAGAGGCGUCAGUUGGGAGCCCUAGCGGAGGCGGUUCAGGACAGAGUGGCAGAUGCGUGUGCACACACACGUGGUCGUUUCCCAGAGGCUGGGUGGGGCACAAACGCGCAGUCCCGUCAUUUGCUUCUGUUGUCUUGCUCUUGACAAGCGGGCGAGAGGUGUGGCUGUGGGUAAGGGCUGCGGUGGCUCGCACCGUGUGCAUGAGAGGGCGCGCGCGUGCGGAGUGGGUACAGGCGUGUAGGCGGUGUUGCCGUGCAAUCCGUUGAGCUGCGGGGAUCCGCCAUUGCGGAACUGCAGUCGUGUGCUGGUAAUGCGAGAAUGCACAUUGGGAGCAGGUCAACUUGCAACGUCAAUCUU